AAGAUUGGACCAACAUGCAUUGGAUUGACAUGAUGUGCCCAGUGGGCGCUAGAAAACGAGUGGCGCCAAGUGCAUGGAAGCAGCCGAGUCUUCUUGUCUAGCGCGUCAACCACGCAAAGGAUGGCGUUGACUGACCAAGACUUCCAACGCGGCCGCUGCAUGCGCGAAUCUUCAGAUUCUAGCUUCAGCUCCGCCUCCGCUCUAUAAAAUCACCUGCGACUGCGAGACAUCACCACAUCACUCACUGUCUCGCUUCCUUCCACUCGGUCGGUCAAGUAGCUGUAGCUCUGCUCACUCCGCUACUAGCUAGUGUCGCCACUGCCCACCACCGACCAAUCGGGAUGGGGAAGAAGAGCGGCCGCAACGGCAGGGACAAGGAGGAGGAGGGCGCCAAGGCGAGGGCAUUCGUGCUCAAGGUGGCCAUGCAUUGCCACUGCAACGGCUGCAUCGACAAGAUCCGCGGCGCCGUCAAGGGCCUCGCCCUCCUCCCUGGCAUUGAGGCGGUGGACCAGUCGGCGUUGGAGAGCAAGGGCGAGGUGAAGCUGGUGGCCAAGGCCGACCCCGAGAAGCUCCGCCAGCGCCUGCGCAAGGCCACCCGCAAGCACGUUGACCUCAUCCUGCCCAAGGAGACCAAGACCGACAAGGCGGACAAGGACGCCGCAGCAGCCGCGGCGCAGGCGCUGCUCCCCAACAGCCUGCAGGCGCAGUACGGCGGGCAGGGCGCGUGGGCGAACCAGCUGCUGCCCGGCGCCGGCGGCUGGAACACUCGCCUGGGCUACGGGUACGGGACCGCGGGGGCGGCGCAGGCGUACCCGUGGGCCGCGCAGCAGCCGGACCCCUACUCCGCGGCUUACACUGCUGCUGGUGGUGCUUGGGGCGCGUACGCGUACCCACCAGUUCAUGGCCAUGGCGGCGCAUGGCACGCCCAUGGCUACUGAUCGUCGGUGCUGACCGCGUGCAACUGAGCCAGAGAUGAUUCCACUAGUUCACCACUUGUCUGCUCUUAGUGGGGUUAAUCUAGUUGUUCUAGUACUGAGCAUGUCGGUGCUUCUAGUUAAUGUUUUUGUGCUCCGUAACGUAAGACUGGAACAGUAGUCUGGUACUGCUUGUGUUUUUGUCUGCUGCUCUGUGAUAUUCUGCACCUCACCGGUGAAGAGUAACUAGUAUAGUAGUAUACUAGUAUGUCGCAACAUGUAAGAAACUUUUACUUUAAUCU